GUGGACCUUUUAUUGGAAAUUUUCAAAAUUCUUUUUUUAUAAACGUAUUAUCUGAUGUCGGACCAACGCGAACGUCAUGGCAUAUUCCCGAACUUGUAUUUGCAAUUUUCCAAGGUAUGUUUGCUUCCGUCACUCCUGCCAUCGUUAUUGGAUCAGCAGCAGAACGUAUAAGAGUGAUUCCUACCCUCAUAUUCACCUUUAUAUGGACCACACUUGUAUAUGAUUUUAUCGCUUCAUGGUGUUGGUCUGCUAAUGGCUGGUAUUCCCAACUUGGUGGUCUCGAUUUUGCUGGUAAAUUAAAAUGUAAAUACAUCCCAAUUUUUAAAAUUGCAGCUCUAGCAUAUUGUAUUUUUCUUGGAAAACGAUAUGGUCAUGGAAUAGAUGAAUUUAAGCCACAUAACGCAACUUACGUAGUUCUUGGUACAGUAUUUCUCUGGUUCGGGUGGUUCGGUUUUAAUGGUGGUUCUGCAGAAGCAGCAAAUAUGCGUGCCAUUCUUGCAUGUACUGUGACUAAUUUGGCCGCGUCAUCAGGUGGACUUACAUGGAUGAUUAUAAGUUACCGAUUCGAGCAUAAGCUGUCAGCAAUUGAAUUCUGUUCAGGAGUUGUCGCUGGUUUAGUUGCAGUAACACCGGGAUCCGGUUAUAUUGCACCUCAUUUUGCUAUUGUUUUUGGUGUUUGUGGUGGAGCUAUUUGUAAUUUAGCAAUUAAAUUGAAACAUACUUUUGAUUACGAUGAUGCUUUAGAUGUUUUUGCCAUUCAUGGUAUUGGUGGAUUGGUUGGGAAUGUUCUUACUGGUAUAUUUGCAGAUAAAAAUAUCGCAGCACUUAGCGGUGAAGAGAUUAUGGGAGGUUUGUGCAUUGUCA